AUUAAACUAACAAAAACAGUCACAUAUUUCAAAAAUUAAAAUCCACCCAUCCCUAGUUCAAAGAAAUCUAGCCACACAUGUUUAUGUUCUCAAAAGCCAUGAAAGAUAAAUACCAACAGAAAAUCAUAGUAAAAAGAAAUCAGAAACAACAAAACCCAAACAAUGGAGAAUUGCAGUUGCCGAAUGGUGUGCUGUUGUCCGGAAGCAAGGCUGGGCGGUGUUGAACAGAUUUCAGGGUCCUCUUGUGCAGAUUGGAUUCGGGUCCCUCCGAUUAGGCUAGGCGGCGGCUUUUCCUCCAAUGUGCAGAGCAAUCUCGCGCGGCUGUCCUCUUCUUCUGCUGGUGAACAACAGAUGCGGGUGGCUGGGAUUUUGGGCGGCUGGGUGCUCUUGACCUCUUGUGCAGAACCCUCUCCUGCGUCUGUGUGGCUCCCCUCUAUUCUGCCGAGUAGCUUCUAUAUAUAUUGAGAAAUUAAAAACCCUUAUUUCUUUUAAUCCUAGCAGACAUAGGUCAUGGGCUUUAUUUUGGGUCUGGAUUGCAGUUGGCCCACACCUAUAAAACACAGCCCAAUUCUCUUCAUUUCUGCACUGUCCAUUGUCAAAACCGUCAACUUCAAUUUAAAUUCUGUAUUGAUACAGAAGGAACUGGGUUGAGCUCAUAAAACAUCAAUUGUAGC